AUGCGCUUGCGGAUUCUUAGAAAAGGAGACGCGGAUGCAGAUGACGCAGCAGAUGUGGGCGAUUCUAGCAGACUGCCGCCUGGAUUCUCUCGUUUAGAGGACAACUUGAAACCAGAGGAGCUGCCUCAUGCCUUGCAGACCCGGUCUGAAGACGAUGCAGGGCAUACAAUGCACGUCCGGCGAAUCAUCCAACACACGCAGCUGAACGACGUCGGGCAGUCUAUCUUUGACAUCCGCGACGAACUGCAGCCACUCUCGAGAGAACGCUCAGCUGAACGGGAAACAAGAUCGAGCCCGCAAAGAACGGAGAGUCCUCCCGUUGCUAAAACUACUCUGGGCAACAGCGAUAAAGGCAGUAGUGCUACUGAAGUGAUGAAAUAG